GGCUACACAAGCAUGUUAGUAUUCGUCGGUCGGUGGUCCUGCACUCAGCUCCAUAAUCAUGGUGAACGCCGGUUCUCUAGGCGCGACGUGGAUCGCGUUCGCGUGCUGUUUGUGUUUCGUCAUAACGUACGACAGUGGUAAUGUAUGUUGUUCGCACGCAGCCGACGCCAAAGAGUACACGGAACAAGACAAACAGUACUGGAUCAAAAACGGUAAGGAGAAGGUGACCGAGAAAGUCAAGUACGUGAAUAAAAGAGGCGUCGCCAAAAAUAUAAUCAUGUUCCUGGGUGACGGUAUGUCGUUGACUACGUUGACGGCAUCGCGUAUCUACAAAGGUCAAAUGGAAAAACGUUCUGGCGAGAAUGAGUACUUGAGUUUUGAGAAAUUCCCAUUUGUUGGCAUGUCAAAGACUUAUUGCGUGGACAAACAAGUGGCUGACUCGGCAUGUACGGCUACCGCUUACCUAUCGGGCGUGAAGACCAACUACGAGACUAUCGGUAUAUCUGCCUCGGUGAAGCUCAACGACUGUCCCGGGUCGAUGGCGCCUGAAAACCGGACGGACUCAAUAGCCGACUGGUCGAUAGCYGCGGGAAAAGCCGUCGGGCUGGUAACCACGACACGGGUAACGCACGCGUCCCCAGCCGGGGUGUUCGCGCAUUCGGCCAACAGGAACUGGGAAUCAGACGCCGAUCUGGCGAAGGCGGCAAACCUGACGGACGUAACACAUUGCGAGGAUAUCGCCAAACAGUUGAUCACCAGAAGCCCUGGGAUAGACAUAAAGGUGAGUAUAUGCCAAUGUGGUUAUAGUAAUAUUGAUGCACUGAUUUUGAUUUUUCAGAAGACUUCGUGUAUACGUUUCGGAAAAGAUAAAUCAGCAUAUGUUGAAAACAAGGAACAACUAUUAAAUGUUGACCCUUCUAAGACCGAUUAUUUACUGGGCCUUUUUGAGAGUAUGCAUAUGAAAUAUCAUUUGAAAGCAGACGCUAGUAAACAACCCACUUUGGAGGAAAUGACUAAAAAAGCCAUAGAAAUUUUGCAGAAAGAAGAAAAUGGAUUUUUCCUGUUCGUCGAGGGUGGUCUCAUUGAUGCUGGCCAUCACCAAACUACUGCCAGGUUAGCGCUGGACGAGACAGUUGAGUUGUCUAAAGCCGUCCAACAAGCUGUUGAUAUGACCAGCGAAGACGACACACUGAUCGUCGUCACGUCUGAUCACUCACAUACCAUGACAAUGGCAGGUUACCCGGUCAGGGGUAACGACAUCUUAGACCUUUCGGGGUCUCUUGGGAGCGACAAAUUGCCGUACACUACACUCAGCUACGCCAAUGGUCCGGAAAAUCUGCAGCCUGAUGUGAAUUGCGCCCGUCAGGAUUUGUCCAAAGUCGACAAAAGUAAUUUUUUUUAAACUGUU